AUGGACCAACCGCACCCGUUCUCCCCUCCAAACCUACACCAACAAUUCCCGCUCUCCUUCUUCGAAGAAGACAUGCUUCUCUUCACCGGUGGUCACCAAGGAACCCCUCACGACCUCGCCGCCUGGGAAAACAUGGGAAUGGGACAAGGUCGUUCCGUAUCCUCCCUGAUGGAUCCAUACACCCUGGACCUCCAACAAGCGACAGCAGCAGCGACAAGUCCAACGUUACAAAGUCCCAUGGAUACUUCUACUGGUUUUAACAACAACAACAAUAAUGGUGGUGGUGGCGGUAGAACGGGAGGGAAGAAGAGAGGCAGUAAUGUUGAUGUACUGGGUAAUCCUUUGCCGUUACCUUCGUCCAUCCUCCUGAGCCAUAAUACCUAUUCCCCUACAUUAUCAUCAUCAUCUUCCACAAAUCAGUUGGAAAGACUCCAAAGGAGAAAAAGCAGCAGCAGCAGCAGCAGCGGUGUCUUAAAUCCUUCUACUACUACUGCAAGUAGUAUUAAUAUUAAUAGUAAUAGCAUUCACAACAAUGCUAUUCUAAUCAGCGAAGCAGGGAACAUGGGUGUCUUCGACCCCAACCAUUCCCUCCACCAACUUCACCAUCACAACCAUCAUAACCAUAACCAUAACCAUAACCUCAAUCAUCAUAAUAGCUAUCAUCAUAACAAUAACAAUAACAAUCACAUUCAUCACAGCCAAUACCACAAUCUAAACCUAACCACUUUGCAUUAUUUGGACACAAUGGAUAUGACCACAAAUACUAACGUAAUCCUCGAAGAAGAAGAUGAAGACCACCACCACCUCUCCUCAAGAUCUUUCCGAGAUUCUCCGCACAAUAAUCAAUCCCUUGACGACCUUCGAUCGAGUAAUGCUUCCGGCGGAUUAAAUCAACCUCAGAAACGUAGGAGAAAGGAUACGACUACCACCACGACGACUACUGCAUCGACUAGUAAUAAUAAUAAUAACAGUUACGGAAGCAAUACUGACGAUUUAUCGAGUAAUGACGAUGAUACUGGGAGUAACGACGGAGGGCGGAGGGAAUCACUGGUGGAUGGGAAGAGGCCGGAGAGACCGAGGUUGACGGAGGAGGAGAAGAAGAAUAAUCAUAUUGCUUCGGAGCAGAAGAGACGGAUGGCGAUAAGAGAUGGCUUCGAUAGACUUACGGAGUUAGUACCCGGUAUUGAAGGACAAGGAAGAAGUGAAAGUAUUGUUUUGAGGAAAACGGUGGAUCACAUGCGUAAAGCAAUAGAGGAUCGAAGAAACCUAAUAGCCAAAGUUCAAGAACUGGGCGGCGAAGUCCCACAGGACCUUUUACUCAGAUAA